AAACGCAGGUGGAGCCAGAGUGAAGGUGGAGACAGCGGCUGGAGGAUUGAUAGGAAGUACACUUUAAAUGUCGUUGCCAUUGUCUAAUUAAAUUAAAACAGCCAGGAGAUCUGAAUAAAUGAGAAGAUUUGGACUGGGAAAGAUUGUCCGAACGUCGGAACCUUAAACCGUAGAAAACAGCGGAGAGACUGGCGAGGGGGAGCGUUGUGGAGCCACGGACCCAGGAGCGGGAGGGAGUGGUGGGGACGGACGGAACUUCCGGCGGACACGCAGACGAGUACAACCACCUUACCUGUGAGGAUGUCCAUAUCAAUUAUAAUAAAGUGGAGUGGGCAAGAAUAUCCUGUGACAAAACUGACAGAAGAAGAUACGGUUCUGGACUUGAAGGAGAUGAUUAAAACUCUAACUGGUGUGCUGCCAGAGCGACAGAAGUUACUUGGCCUGAAAAUCAAAGGUAAAGCUGCAGAAGAUGACGUUAAGCUGGGCAUGCUUAAAUUGAAACCAAAUACUAAGAUUAUGAUGAUGGGCAGCAGGGAGGAGUGCCUGGAGGAAGUACUGGCGCCACCCCCUGACAAUGAAGAUGUUAUCAAUGACUUUGAUAUUGAAGAGGAUGUUAUAGAAGUAGAGAACAGGGAAGAAAACUUGGCCAAAAUUGCACGCAGAGUGAAGGAGUACAAAAUAGAAAUGCUGAACCAACCCCGGGAAGGGAAAAAGCUACUAGUUUUAGAUGUCGAUUACACAUUAUUUGACCAUAGGUCCUGUGCUGAGAGUGGACUUGAACUAAUGAGGCCAUACCUGCAUGAGUUCCUCACAUCAGCAUAUGAAGAUUAUGACAUUGUUAUAUGGUCUGCCACUAGUAUGAAGUGGAUUGAAGUAAAAAUGAAAGAACUGGGAGUCACGACACAUGCUAACUACAAGAUAACCUUCAUGUUGGACAGUGCAGCAAUGAUCACAGUGCAUACACCUAAGCGAGGAGUGGUAGAGGUCAAGCCGCUGGGAGUCAUUUGGGAUAAAUUUCCUGAGUUCUACAGUAGAAAAAAUACGAUAAUGUUUGAUGAUAUUGGACGAAACUUUCUGAUGAAUCCACAAAAUGGGCUAAAGAUUAGACCUUUCAUGAAGGCUCAUCUUAACCGAGAUAAAGAUAUGGAACUGAUGAAAUUGUCGCAAUACCUGAAGGAGAUUGGCAAGUUAGAAGAUUUCACGGAGCUUAAUCAUAAAUACUGGGAAAGAUAUCUUUCCAAGAAGCAAGGGCAAUGAGCCCCAUGUGGAUCUUCCUGCCCUAGGAUGUGUAUACUUCAGAAUUAUGUGACAAAACUUUAACUGUGAUUGAACUCAGAACAAGUGCUGAGCACUUCGACAGACAAAAACAUUUAAAAAAAACACGCCAAAGGGACUUAUCAACUGACAUACUACCUGCAACUUUCUUUAUCCUUUGGUCUUUCACUGUGGAAGAGUGAAUUGAACAAAGGACAAUAUGCUUCAGCAAAAUACUGUCACACUGUGUGAAUUCAUAGGAAUGUAUUCCAGCUGUGUCGUCAUUAAUCUACUGUAUGUCUAAGUAUGGCUUCCUUGCUUUGUUGUGAAGUUGGCAGAAAACAAAAGUGUGCUAAUUGCAGGUUACUCUUGUAUAGAGUAAGUUGCUUCCAUUUGUUUUGUUAAGCAGUUCUUCCCUGUGCGCUGGGUUGGACUACAUAAGUGAUAAAAUGUUCAAUUCCCAUAUGAGCAAUUUCAGUUUGACCAAGGUUUUAAGAGAGGGAACAUUUUAAACUUGCCUCAGUGGAAUUGGCUCCUGUGUAUAAGCAGCAGACUGGCAGAUGUACCAUAGGCCUCCAGUCUUUUGGUCCACUGCAAGUUCCCCAUUCCUAAGGAAGGAAGUACUUUCACUCAGUUAAAUUGUAUGAAAAUGUAGAGUGCUUAAGCACCGAUGUUGUCCCCAACUGGCUCAGAAGUUUGGAUUGGACAUUCAGACCAAAAUUUUUCCAUUCAGACCUGAAGGAACAGUUUUGCCUUCAUUCUUGUUCAUUCCACUGUCACGUCACAUGCCAUACGUUAGAUUGACAAUGUUGCCUGCUAUGAGGUGCUACAGAUUUCUCCCCAGAGGUUAUUCAGGAUGAACUGUACUGUAAACUCAUUUUCUGGGUGCUAUGUUUUAUGUGUUUCUGAGAUCCAGCUUAAUGAAUAAUUGGCAUGACAUUAAUUAUACACUCCAGGGGAGCACUGGCAGUGGGUUCUCUCUGCACUGUAAGGUGCCUGAAGAAACCAGGCUAAAGUGAAAACUCUACAUGGUGCAGAAACAAAAUAAGCUUCAGCAAACACAGAGAUGUGAUCUUAAACUCUUAUCUCCAUAUGGUUUCUUGCAGAUAGUUUUUUUAAAAAAAAGCAUGAAUAGAAGUGUGGAAGGAUCACUUGUUUCAGAAUCUUAUGACCUUUCAAUUUUUUUUAAAGUUGCUUGCAAGGUAUCAGAAGCUUGAGUCUUCUAUUACUGACUGUUCCCAACAGUACAAAGGAGGUGGCCUUUGAAGCGUGUUCCAGGACCCAAGGAAGGCCUUCAGUGAUGCAGGGAAAAAAAAGCCAUCAUGUUCCCUUUGUGCAUGCUGUCAUUGGGGGCACCCUGCAAAUACUCAGAUUGUAGUUCUUUAGUAAUGCUCUUCUAUCACCAUGUUGCUUGGUGUUGAAGCUGGUAUAUCAGCAUUUCUUGCAGUGAAUCUACAUGUCAUGGUACAUAAAACCUGCAAAGAAAAUUAACCACCUCUUCCCCUCAAUGCCCUGCCCCUCCACAACCUUUCCACAGCCUCUGCCCUAGUGGUGCACUAUAGAGUUGGCAAAUAAGUGUUUUCUUUAAGUCCACAUAGGUUGCCCUGCUGGGAAUUGAAGUCAAAACUAAUUGGUUUACAGUUUAGUCUGGCUGACAGGACCAGAAAUGUCCUGGAAUUUUUAUGUUGGUUUCUUCAUGUUGUAUGUUUCAUUUGUUACUGCAGUGUGCUUCUCGUUCUUUUAAAUAAAUAAAACAGGCAUUCCAGGUUGAAUUCUGUAUUUUUAAAAAAGGUUUUGUUUUUUGAGUGGAGCAUAUCAAAGGUGUAAAUAUCAAGUAAGGUACCUGUAGGGAUUCUUUGGCCCAACAUUUUUUUAAAUGGCUUUUUAUUAUUUGAAGCUAAUAUACUAUUUACUUUGAAAAUCCAGAGCCAGGUGCCCAUGAUUGUGAAUAUAAUUGAGGAAUGUGUGCAGGGGAAAAAGAAACUUAAAACAUGCUUGGGAGCUACCAACCUAAUAACAAUCCAUAUGGUUGCUGUUACACAAGUUCACCAUUAUGUGUUUCGAAAGUAUGAGGAUCUGCUCUAAAUGCCCUCCACCAUCUCCUUCACUUGGUAUAGUGCUGCACCUUGCAGUCUAGGGAGGUUGCAGAUUCCCUGUUGCUGUCGGUGGCUAGGCUGUCCCCAAAUCUUUCACCUACAAUCAGAUAUAUAUUGGAGGGUGAUCAGUGACUGUCUUGACACUUGCCCCACUAUUAACUACAUUAAUUUCAUUUCCUUGCCAUAUUCACUUGAAAACCCUUAAUUUUUGCUGUUAUUAAUCUUGAUCUUGAAUAUACUUGUGCAUUGACCAUCCACCUGUGUUGUAGAAAAUUACAAAGAUUUUCAAAUCGUUUAAAAAAAAAUUCUCUUCAAAAUGGCUGACGCUUUAUCCUAAAUCUAAAACUUCUAGUUCUAGACCUCCCAGCUUAGUGAAACAGCCUCUCAGCACCUGUAGUGUUGAGACAAGUAUUUUCUAUAUUUCAAUGAAAUCUUUGAUUCAUUGAAAUUCUGGAGAAUCCAUCCUACUCUUUUUGAUCUUCCCACAUAAGGCAGUUCAUCCUGAUAAUCACUCUGGUGAAACUUCAGUGCACUUCCAUUAGGGCAAGUAUAUCUUCCUUAGGAACAGCUGAAACAGAAGUAAGA